AUGCAUAAAGUGUCAAUCGAUAAUGAAAACAAUGAAUCACAAUAUGGGAGUCGCAAUAAUAAUACCAUGGUAGUCGAACUGUUCAAAAAUGAAUCUGACAGUCACAAUUUUGCAACAUCUCUUGGCUUUAAAAUCUUCAACGAUGAUAUCGAAACUAUUGCGCAUGAUAUAGAAAAAGUUAAACAAUAUGGUUUUAAUCACAUAAUCAUCAUAGGAAUGCUACAAUAUGGAUUUCUUUUUAUGGACUGUUACGGUCGUGUAUUUAAUUGGGAUGAUAUGAGUGGUUUGCUAUGGCCACAUGGAGAUUAUUCCAAGGUGGCGGAAUCCGAUAUUAGCUGGGUUGCAUGGGUGCGAAAUUUGAUGGGACUGUUGUUGAAAUUAAGAUUGCGAUCUACCCACUGA